UAUAUAUAUAUAUAUAUAUAUAUAUGUAUAUAUAUUUUUUAUUUUAUUUAUAGACGUUUCUAAAACGUUUCCAAAACAAAAAUAAAAAUAAAAAUCACGUUUCCAUGUUUCGAAACGUUUCGCUUCCGCGUAUCUGUUUCCGUUUCCAUGUAACCUAGGAAUAACCAAGCCAUUAUUAGCUUACAAAAACGCACAUGGUCGUCUUUUUAUAUAUUUUAAGAUAGUAGAGUAGACACUUUAAUUAUUCAUUAAGGCGACAAACCUAUAAUAGUAUUGUUUUUAAACGAAGGUGCUCUUCAAAAUCUUCACAUAAUGCAAACAUAUACAGUAUUAAUUCAUUAAAUUAACAAUGACAACUUCCAAAACCCAAUCUCCCCUUUUUCUCCCAGUCAUUGACUUCUCUAAUCGAGAUCUCAAACCGGAAACUCCUGAGUGGGACUCAGUGAGAGCCCAAGUCCGAAAAGCCCUAGAAGAGUACGGAUGUUUCGAGGCCACGUUCGAUGGAGUUUCAGCGGAGCUAAGGAAGGCUAUUUUCAAGGCCACGGAGGAGGUUUUUGAUUUGCCUCUGGAGACGAAACUGAGAACAAAGUCAGACAAAAUCAUUUACGAAGGAUACUUGACGAUUCCGACUAUGCCUUUAUACGAAGGUUUGGGCUUCUACGGUGUAGAUAGUCCUGAGGUUGUCGAUGACUUGAUUCACAAGCUUUGGCCUCAAGGCAACAUCCUUUUCAGCAAGAAUGUCCAGUCAUUUGGGGAGAAGUUGAUAGAACUAAAUGUGAAGGUGAGGACAAUGAUCAUGGAGAGUUUCGGGCUCCAGAAAUACAUCGAGGAACAUCUUAACUCCGCAAAGAACCACCUUCAAAUAUUUAAAUACAAAGGUGUUGACAAUAACACAGAGGAAACUCUGGGUUUUAAACCUCAUAUCGACAGACAGUUCCUCAACAUACUUUGCCAGAACGAUGUAGUAGACGGCUUGGAGAUUAAAACCAAAGAUGGUGAAGAGUGGAUCAAAGCUAGGCCAUCUCAAGACACUUCUUUCCUUGUUAUAGCCGGAGCUUCUCUUCACCUUCUAUUGAAUGGUGGGGUGUUUCCUCCGCUUCACCAAGUUGUUAUAACCGGAAAGAAAGAUCGGUAUGUGGCUUGCCUGUUCUCGCCUCCUAGAGAAGGACUGAUCAUAAAUGCGCCUGAGGAGGUAGUAGAUGAUGAACAUCCUCGUCUCUAUAAGCCUUUUGAUUUUGAGGCUUACGUGAAAUUCAGCAACAGGACCAACACAAAUACCAUGGGAAGAGAUCUAUCUAGUCUCAAGAGUUAUUGUGCCCUUUAAACAUUUAUGAUGCCAUCCAAUUAGAAAAAAAGAAGGAAAAUGUCUUGUUUGAUCACGGUGGACUUGUCCAUUCAAUCUCGAGGUGGUUUGUUUGUUAUCUUUAAUUUGCCUUGUUGACUCGUGAGCUUGUAAUAAAUCCUAAUUGCAGAAGCUCCAUAAUUAUUUUUCUUUACUCAGUACGGCAACAAUUAAUCUAAACUGGACCAAAUGUGAAAAAAUUUCUCUCAACAACAUGAGUGGUCUGAAUUAAUAUUUAGUUUUGUUAGUUUUGGAUAAUUUACCUUUAUUGUUUAAUACCCGUCCGUGUCAUAAAGUUACGUAUAUUAGAAAAAAAAAUUGUUUCAAAAAGAUCUAUUUUUAGCAUUUCAAUACAUGUUUUAUCAACUAAUUGCAAACUUAAAAAAACUUAAUUGCAUUUAUUGGAUUUUUAUUGCAAUUAUGGAAAAAAAUAAUCACAAAAAAUUAUGCAAAUUUAAUGUGUUUUAUUAAAAUGAGUGAAAAAUCUAAAAUAUGUAACAUUUCAAAACGGAAGGAAUAGAGCCUAAAAAUAAUAUGGUGGGGUCCACCUUCUAAAUAUCAUUAUUACAUAUAGUGCGUCACGUUUUAUACUUCCUCCGUUUUAAAUACUUUGAAUUUUUAUGAAUUUGUUAGUUUUGGAUAACUUACCUUUAUUGUUUAAUACCCGUCCGUUUCAUAAAGUUACGUAUACUAGAAAAAAAAUUGUUUCAAAAAGAUCUAUUUUUAGCAUUUCAAUACAUGUUUUAUCAACUAAUUGCAAACUUAAAAAAAAAAAACUUAAUUGCAUUUAUUGGAUUUUUAUUGCAAUUAUGGAAAAAAAUAAUCA